CGUGGGCGCGGCAGAGCCAGGCGGCGGCGGCGGCGCGGACAGAAUGCGGGCGCUCGGCAUGGCUCGCCUAGGGCUCGGUCUGGUGAGCUGUACCUUCUUUUUGGCAGUCAGCGGUCUGUAUUCUUCUACUGAUGAUGUCAUUGAGUUAACACCAUCAAAUUUCAAUAGAGAAGUUAUUCAGAGUAAUGGUCUGUGGCUUGUAGAAUUCUAUGCUCCAUGGUGUGGUCAUUGCCAGAGGUUAACACCAGAAUGGAAGAAAGCAGCAACUGCUUUGAAAGAUGUUGUCAAAGUCGGCGCAGUUGAUGCAGAUAAGCAUCAGUCCCUGGGAGGGCAGUACGGUGUCCAGGGAUUUCCUACCAUCAAGAUAUUUGGAGCUAACAAAAACAAACCAGAAGAUUAUCAGGGUGGCAGAACUGGGGAAGCCAUCGUCGACGCUGCCCUCAGUGCUUUGCGCCAGCUUGUGAAGGAUCGCCUGGGCGGGCGGAGUGGUGGAUACAGUUCUGGAAAACAGGGCAGAGGAGAUAGUUCAAGUAAAAAGGACGUGAUAGAGCUGACGGAUGACACCUUUGAUAAGACUGUCCUCGACAGUGACGAUGUUUGGAUGGUUGAGUUUUAUGCUCCGUGGUGUGGACACUGCAAGAACCUGGAGCCAGAAUGGGCUGCUGCAGCCACAGAGGUGAAGGAGCAGACGAAGGGGAAAGUGAAGCUGGCAGCCGUGGAUGCCACCGUGAACCAGGUUCUGGCCAGCCGAUACGGGAUUAGAGGAUUCCCUACAAUCAAGAUAUUUCAGAAAGGCGAGUCUCCUGUGGACUAUGAUGGUGGACGGACAAGAUCUGACAUAGUGUCCAGGGCCCUUGAUUUGUUCUCUGAUAAUGCCCCACCUCCAGAGCUGCUUGAGAUAAUCAAUGAAGACAUCGCCAAGAAGACAUGUGAGGAGCACCAGCUGUGUGUCGUGGCUGUGCUGCCGCACAUCCUGGACACUGGAGCUGCAGGCAGAAACUCUUACUUGGAAGUUCUUCUGAAACUGGCUGACAAGUACAAGAAGAAAAUGUGGGGGUGGCUGUGGACAGAAGCUGGAGCCCAGUAUGAACUGGAGAAUGCACUGGGGAUCGGAGGGUUUGGGUAUCCUGCCAUGGCAGCCAUCAAUGCACGCAAGAUGAAAUUUGCUCUUCUCAAAGGGUCUUUCAGUGAACAAGGCAUUAAUGAGUUUCUCAGGGAACUGUCUUUUGGGCGUGGCUCCACAGCACCUGUGGGUGGUGGUUCCUUUCCUACGAUCACUGCCAGGGAGCCCUGGGACGGCAGGGAUGGUGAGCUUCCUGUGGAGGAUGACAUUGAUCUCAGUGAUGUGGAGCUUGACGACCUGGAGAAGGAUGAGUUGUGAGGGAGGGCCGCGGCCCAGCCUUCAAAUUUCUUCCUUGGGAGCGAGCAGUUUUCCAGUAAUGAGGUUUUCCUGUCAGCUGUCUGCCGCUGGCCUUUCACAGGAAACACUGCAACAGUGAACCUCGGCGUCUCAAGAAAACACUGAAGAAUUCUAUGAAUUGUAGCAGUGAAUUGGAUUGUAUUCUCUGGCAUACUUUGAAGAAAAUGGGGCUGUUGAAACAUUUUUCCCUCCUGACUGCUGCUUGAAUAUUCUUGGAGGCUGUUUCUUAUGUAUAGGGUUUUUAAAAUGUGAUUCCUUUGUUUGAAUAUUAAUGGCUUUUUCCAUUAAAGAAUAAAAUGAUAUUUUGGACAA